UUGGUGACCGCGCCGGACGGGUGAGAGCUUAAAUCGUAUUCGUCUGUUUAUGGAGGGGGUUGAUCCGACCUCUCCACUACGCUCUCUCAAGUCUGGCUAAAAUUGUCAGAAACGCUGGUGAGGGCCUGACCGAAGAGAAAUGACGGAAAGGUAAACACGAGCAACCUUCGUUAUGUAUUGAUAGUCGCUACCUGCAGGACUGCCAUUGAACUCUGGCUGAUCGGGACCGGGUAUAGAGGUCCCGUUAAGUGGUGCGGCUACAGAAGAAAUAGCUGCGAUGAUAUCAAUGACGAUAUAAUAAAAGAAAAUAAUUUGUUUACUGUUAACUGCAACGUGCAUUAACUUAUGUGGACAUCGUUUGGUUAUGUUAGUGAACCGAAAAGUGAUUCCGAACGGUGAGGAGUUCAGAAGCGACAACUGACGUGCAGUUCCUACAAUAAAGGAUUGUUUACAGCAAGCGAUCUUUGGUGUGCGCUAUGUCUUUGAGCACAGUACAUCCAAUGCGACGAAUCCAAUGCCAUGGGAAUCGCCGAACUAACCUGGAAGCUUCGUAUUGAAGGCAAGGCGGCUUUUGCCGUUCUGAGGAGCCGGGACGGACUUGAACUUUCGUACGAAUCGCACGAUGUCCAUGUCCCUCUGGAGCGUCUACUAUCAGCGACCGCUUGCAAGUGUCCAACGUCGCUGUCCUCGGGCGGCCCGAGAGGCGCAUUAGGCUUUGUGACCCAGGGGCAUCCGUAUAAAUGUUGCUGCUGCUGCCGCAUCCACAAAGCGACGGCCACCGUCACAACGGACACCAAUUCAAGUCAAGACCGUUCGACACUGCUGUCACGCAUCGUCCCUGACACGGCAAGUGUCACAGUCAAUCAUCAAUGCCGAGAAAAUUUCCCGAGCAAGGUCGGUCCAGCUGCUCGAAUCUACUUCGCGAUACAGAAUAGUAGCUCCCUACUUCGACUACGAAGUUUACAGUUGGUGUUUGAGACCGUUGGAGCACGAGAUCGUUUUGUUACGUCCGUAUGGCGAGCGAUCGAGACCCUCGUCGAUCGGCCUCGCAAAUUGCUCGUCUUCAUCAACCCCUUUGGCGGCCGAAAACGGGCACGGACCAUUUAUAACGAAAAGGCUGCACCCGUUUUCCAGAUAUGUGGUAUCCAUUGCGUAAUAGUUAUCACAACGCAUUCUGGUCACUCUAGAGAAUACGUAACAGACAAAGAUCUCAGUGUUUACGAUGGCGUGGUCUGUGUUGGUGGAGAUGGGAUGGCAAACGAAUUAAUUAAUGGUUUAAUGCAGAAAACUUUGCGGAGUGCAGAUGCAGCUGCAACUGCUGCGACCCACCAAUUGCUGCAGGAUGAGAAGCACCUCGAUGCAUCAGCAGCUGGAAACGGCGAGACUUCAGCAGGGGGCAGUGGCGGAGUCAAUGUGCAGGCGAGCGGAUUUGAACUGCCUGGCCGACCAUCCCUUCCGGUGGGCGUCAUUCCUGCAGGAAGCACAGACGCCCUCGUAUGCACAACGACCGGGGCACAUUGUGCUUUGAACAGUGCUCUUCACAUUGCAAUCGGUUCUCGAAUACGCAUCGAUUUAGGGAGCAUUCACAGCCAAGGCCGGCUGAUUCGAUUUUUUGCCGGUUUUCUGUCCUAUGGAUUUUUUGGUGACAAUGUUCAGAGUGCCGAGAAGUAUCGAUGGAUGGGACCUCUUCGUUAUAGUUGGACAGGCUGGCAGACUCUGCUUAAGAAUCGCGCAUACGGGGGCAAAGUAGACGUACAACUUCUUGAAAAUGACGUUUCCGGAAACAAGCUUCCUUUCUGUCUCAAAGGCUGUGAGCGUUGUCGGCUAACCCCAUUGUGCCCCCCGGCAGAGCGGCCUCAGCUCUCCGAUACGUUUCGUGGGAAGCUGCAAUCACUAAGCUGUUCACUAUUAGCAAAUCGUUGCUCGAAAUCGCGAGCUGGUUUUGCCCCUAGAGCCCACCUGGGAGACGGUCUUAUGAAUAUCUGUGUUGUGAAAGAAUGUUCCAGAGUGGAUUUUGUCCGCUUUCUUACAGCUAUCGGCAAUAGCCAACGACAAGAUCCUUUCGACUUUUCAUUUGUGCGCUCAUAUCGCGCACUGUCUUUCGAGUUCACACCUGACAACACCAAAAAAGAUAAAUCGUUGUGGCAUUGCGAUGGCGAGGUACUUCCUAAUUGUACGCAAAUCGCCGUGAAAUGUCACAAUCAAGCACUUACCUUGUUCGCAUCUGGCGUAUCGAACGGUGAGCUUGAACAAAGCAUAGCGUCUGGUCCAUCUUCAUUAUAUUCGUCGAGCCCCGCUUCAUCUAAACUGUGUCUGGCCAGCAAUUCUCACAACGCUGAAUGUUCGCUUGACCCAGGUUGCUGUUUUGGUAGCAUAUCCAACCCACAAUGUCCGAACCCAAAGCCCUUAUUACUGCCGCCUGCCAAGCUCACCUCCGACGCUUCUCCCCUUUGCGCCGCUACGGUUCUUUGUGGUGUCUAGGGGCGCAGCUCUCGAUAAGAGUUUUCUAUAUGAAAAAAAAUGCAGGGGAAAGUGCUAGAAGAUGCGGCUAUUUCAAAAGAGGCAAUGCUAUUUAGCUACAAAGAUCUAUUAACUACUUAAAAAAAAGAAGACAGAAAAAAAUACCACAUUCAACAUACAUACAUACAAACAGCACUUUAGAGCGUUUGACGAUUCUUCUUUCUCCGCGUGCAACAAACUCUAAGACUUCCGUCACCUUGAGGUGGCUAUUGAUAUGUGGGUUCUCUGGGAUAUAUGACCUCAAUCACGAAUAUUGAUAAAAACCAAAAGGAAAAAAAUAUAAAACAAUCGAACACACUGUAGACUACUGUAUUCAUAUUUGCAAUUUUGCGAGGUUAGACUAAUUAAAUAGCUUUAGAUAAUUAUCUAAAUAUCGUAGACAUUUGCUCACAUUCAGAAAACUGACCUAAAUAAAAGGCAAUUCGCAGAACGCGGGCUUCGCCGCGUGAUAUUGUUGCAUAUUAGUGGUAAGUAUAGCAUCGCUUCAACCCGUCGUUUUCUCAUAGAGCGUUCAUCAUUUAUCCGCACUAUCUCUUAGAUGUGCUGUUUAAAACCAAAUGAUCUGAAUAAUCGUGGCAGUAAUAAAAAAAAAAAAAAAGAUACUGAGAACGACGAAAAUCUGUCUACAUAGAGUCAGUACAUACAUCAAUCACCCACUAUGUAGAAUGCAAGCAAAAAUCAUAUGCUAAAAAAUACCAUGUGUCAUAGUAAUGUGAAUAUACGCUGCCACGCGCGCGAAGUAACUUUACGAUUAUAUAUAUAUAUAUAUAUUUUUUUUUAUGUUGAAAUAUCCAUUCAUUACGCCAUUUACCGCUGCUACCGUAGCUACUGCUUCCGUAUCACUGUUUUUACCUUAUUGCGACAUAAAAGGAUUCUGAGAAUUAAAGGCGAAACGAGCUAUUUAUUUACAUGACAAUAUAUAUAUAUAUAUAAGGCUUAUUAUUGUAAUUGUUAUUAAUAUGAGGCAGGCGAACUUCGUUUGCUAACAGCGAGCGAAAUCGUCUCAUAUAUUAUAGUUGCUUUAUGCAAUCACAUUGGCCGUGUCGUCAGCGAGGCUUGAGUCAGCAGUAUAAGCCACCGCAUCGACGCCUACACACGAUAUCUAUGUAGCUAUAUAUAUGGAAAAAGUGUAUUAGAAGGCUGGUUCCCUGUAGCACAUUUAGCUGGGGUGGACUGCUUCAAUUGAGAUGUUUGUCUCUUUUUUAGUCUAUAUGUAACGUAAGGUAACGGUGCUAUUCAGAAUAACUACAAGUUGAUGUAGGAUUAACAAUGUCCUAUAAAGCAAGUUACAAAUCGAGGCAGUUGGUCAUGUGAACACUGUAUAAUUUUGGCGUAAUUAAGAUUAUAUACUAGUGUUGUCCCUUAUAUGGAAGUAAUAUUAUUAAUUGUGUUAAACGUAGAAAAAUGUUUAGGAUUAUAUCCUCUAUGUGUUUUCUGAUACCUGUGUUACAAAAAACUUGCUUCUGCAUUAUCACACACAGACAAGCAGACUGAUUGGGGCAUCCAUUGCAACCAGAACGGGAACAAAAAAAAAA